UUCUUUUUCUUUUUUUACCUAAUUUUAUUUAUAACUUUGCUCCCAAUCUCGUCCAUCCUUCUCUCAUAAACUUUAAUUCAUACUAUUUAUUCACGUUAUACAUACACAUAUUCAAUUUUUUAAUAACCUUGUUUUUUCUUUUUUUGAUUUUGCCUUCACACUCAUUCAUGUUCUCAUUUCGACCCAAUGCAGUAACUAACCACAUCUCUGAUCACCAAGCCAAACAGCCUGAUCCCAUGCCGUCUCGUCGUACCAAGAAAAUCAGCAAUUUCGGAUUGCAUUCGUCGUCAUCGUUUUUCCCUCAUAAGAUAGGUGGCUCGUCCUCGUCGCUCAUAACGGGACGUCAAAAGAAUGCAACCGAAAUAAACAGUCCAGAGCCCACGGUGGCCGCAAACAACGGUGCAAUCGCUCUCUCGUCGUCCGGAGACGAGGCGAAUCUUCAACGCAGCCGAUCCACCGUUUCAGCCCUUUCAGAUAACGGUACAGUGCAACCAGAAACGAAUCGAUGGGCGCUUCGGGUGAUCAAUCCAGAUCCGGACUCUUCCAGUGAGGAUGAAGACGAUGAUUGCCGAUCCAGUAAGCGACAUUCAAUCUCCGUUCACUCCUACACAGCGCCCUCUUCUACGAAAGUCAUGAUCGACCCUACUGUCAGUGGCUAUUCCGAAAUACCGAGCCUACAACCCUCUGUCGAAUCCGCAUCAAGCCCAAACAAAUUAAUAAAACCCACCACUCCUAUCCCCGCAGCCCAUGCUUUGAUUGACGAAAGUAAGGAGGCUCACUUACCGUUCUUGACACCCGCCACUUCAUUUUCGCUUGCAACCCCUGAGAAAGUGGAAUCACCACACCAUCAUGAUGUAAAACAACAGGAUACGCAUUACGUUGCGCCUGAAACUCGGCUGCCAUUGACAACCACCACCCGGCCAUCGCAACCGCUCUCGAGACGACAAUCCAAAGUAUUGCAAGAACAACCCCCAGCCACACCCUUACCCCUCGAUUGGUUGCCACAGUUCGAUUUCGGAUUUUCUUUGUUACCCUCUGAUACCGCAGACUUUCUAUCACCUUCUUUUAUCACCGCCCAGCAUAAUAAUUCCUUAUUGCCCGCCAAUCCUGCCACAACCUACGAAAAUACCCCAUCUAUAUCAUCUGCAGGCCGCCAUGAUAAUGCGACAGAUACACCCACAUCAAUCUCCACGAUGGACGGUACUGUGAGCGACGUUCCUUCUUCUGUAAACGACUCUAUCCAGAACAAGUUAGAGAUUCACACAACAGAUAAUCAUAUGAAAAUUGCCAUGAACAAAACUCCGGUCCUCUCUGAAGUCCAUGCGAUCAAUGGGUCGUCGCCUACUGUAGGCUCGUCCCGACCACGGUUUAAGCCAGAUGGUACAGUGGUACGUAUGCCUUCGACGUUGACUGCUGUGGAAACGGAAAACGUUUCUGGGACAAACUACUUUAGUGGAUAUGACGCAAUCCGCCAUCAGCAACUAAGCGAUGGUGAUACACUCGCAUUAAAUUCAGAGCCUGCACCACCGUCCAUGACGAGCCUAAGUAAUGCGAGUGUAACCAUGAUGAAGACUACCGACAGUCUAGCCUCCAUGGCCAGUACCCAAACUUCUUCGAAAUAUGCCAAAGCAUCUUACAGUCUCACGAACCAUCCCGACGCGAUCAAACUCUAUCGAAAUAUGGCCUUGAAAACCGGCGACAAAAAAGUGCAGCUUAGUUACGCAAAAUAUUUAUUGGAAAUUGCCGAUUUGUACGAGUGUCAUCCGAGCCACCGUGCAAGUAAACAUAUGUCUGGUUUCCAUCAAAACCUUCUCGGGGAAUUGGGAGGUCGGAUGCGACGAGGCGAGGGGAUUCGACACAGCGUGGAUGCCAAACCUGCCAGCCCCGCCAUGUCGCAGUUAUCAGCUCUCUAUUCGCAACCGCGGACUUCAACGAGUACUAUGCGCGCCAGUAUCGAUAUAGCACGACCCAUCAUUUCCGGCACUGACUAUGAAUCGAAUCGUCGGAAAAAGAAGGUGCUGGAAGAAGAAGGUGUGCGAUGGAUUAGGCGAUUAGCCAAGGAGAGGGUAGCCGAAGCCGCUUAUUUGCAAGCAUUGUGGAUGGACUGCGGACUGUACGGCUUCAAGAAGAAUCCGGCGAAAUCGCUCAAGUACUACGAAAUAGCUGCGCGUGAAGGUGUACCGGAAGCCAUGUAUGCGGUCGCGGAAUACUAUGCCUCGCAAGGUUAUCAUGCAGCAGCUUUUGCAAAUUAUAAACGGGCAGCCGACAAAGGUUUUGUGGAUGCUAUCUAUCGAUUAGGACUUAUCAAUCUGCAUGGUUAUUUUGGUCAGCGACAAAACAUGACAGCAGGUCUACAAUUGCUGUACGAAGCGGCUGGCAAUGCGACCGAGUCAUGCAACGAACCUCCGUAUGUGUUUGCUCUGCUUCUCACCAACACGUAUCCCAAAGCCGAUAUUCCAAGUGAAUUGGUCAAACCUUAUGGCGGAGCCAAUGCAGCUGUCAAUUUUUUCGAACGAGCCGCUCAGCUAGCUCAUGUCGCGGCGCAAACACGUUUGGCCUACAUUUACGAGCACGGUCUGUACGGGGUCCCGAUGAAUUUUGCCAAGAGCUUUACAAAUUACGAAUUAGCCGCCAACGCCAAAGAUACAGACGCUAUGGUGGGACUCAGUCGGCUUUACAAUAACGGGAGCCACGGUCCGAAAGAUCAUGAUGAAGAGAAACGGCGUGCCAGUGACGAGUCCGGUUGGCUGAUAAAUACGAAUCGUGACGAGGACGCAGCGUUCAUGUGGUGCCAACGAGCAGCCGAUCAGGAAUCGGUCGAAGGACUAUUUCUACUCGGAUGGUACUAUGAGACGGGGACUGGUACGCUUCGCGACUAUGAACGAGCGCAGACAUAUUAUCGAAGAGCAGCUUCCAAAGGACACGCGGAAGCAAAAGAACGAUUGCAAAAGACCAAUUCCACUACUCGACAACAGCAUGAAGAAAUGAAACGCUUGAUGGAUGACGGUCAAAAAGAUUUACAAGCGUGCAGUAUUAUGUAAAUUCACACCAUCAUCCAGAAACUCAGAAAUUCCUUGACUGUCUGUAUUUGUGCCAUCGCUCAACGAACAACCCCGCUUGUAGAUCACCCUUCUUUUGUAUUCAAUGUCAUUCUGUACAAAUCAAACAUUAAAUUAUCUUCUUGUGCUGUCAUAGCCCACGAGAUGUGCUUCCAUUUUUG